AUGGUGUAUGUUACAGAGGCGCCCUCUGGCGUGAUUUGCACAACAUGCGCGUGCGCAGACAACCGCGUCGACUGCGCCAAUAAGGAUAUACGUGCAUCUUUCUCCGUGGAUGACUGGAAAGCUCUAGAGGCCUUCCGACCAACCGAGAUCGACCUCAGUAGAAACCGCAUAGCCACCCUAUCGGAGCUGCCAGCGCUCCCAGUGCAGAAUCUAACGGUGUCCAACAGUGAGGUCGAGGUCAUAGAGUCUGGCUGUUUCAAGCAUUUGAGAGAUACUCUUGUUACUUUGGAUUUGAGUAAUAACAAGAUAACUACGUCGUCCUUAGAUAGGAGGAUUUUUAUGACUACAGUGGAAGGGGAUAAACUCCUCCCAUUCAACAAACUGACGUUCCUUAACCUGGCCAACAAUGAUAUCCACUCUCUCCCCAAAGAUAUGUUCUUCUCCACACCAGAGAUAACGCACCUGGAUCUCAGUGGGAACCCAUUGGCUUACAUCGACUCUAUCACUUUAGGGACUAUCAGUGAUUUGACUAUGUUAAGGAACCUGUCUCUCAGUUCCUGCGACCUUGAGACCCUGCCUGAGGGUAUAUUCCGACGGCUGCGGCGGCUCCAGGGUCUCGAUCUCAGCAUGAACAAGUUCACCACCGUGCCUGCCACCAUUAAUGAGGCCACGAACCUUCAGGUCUUGAUCUUGGACAAGAACCCUUUUGAGACUAUCAAUGACAAUACUCCCUUCAAAACAUUAAUAAAACUCCGUGAGCUCUACAUCCGUCGCUGCAGUAAGCUCAAAUCAAUCACAUCCGGUGCCCUCGGAGGCCUGGAGAGCCUCUCCAUCCUCCAUAUUUCCUAUAACCCUCGAUUGAGCACUCUGGAACCCAAGUUUCUGGUCUGGGAAGAUGACGAUGAGGUGGAAAAACAUCCGUUAAUAAAAGAGCUGUACCUAAACAACAACAACAUAACCGAAAUCAACGCGUACUACCUCGACCGCUGGAACCUCCUGGAGAACGGAGACUUCACCAACAACCCUUACGAUUGCGACUGCGACAGCCAAUGGAUGGUUGACGUGCUCAUACCACUGCUGCAAGACAUGGUUGCCUGCGGGGAUCAGAUGCCCUACAUGACAUGUAAAACCCCGGAGCCGUUCCGCGGGCUGACCUACAACCAAGUCAUCAACUCCACGAGGCAGCUCGUCUGUAUGGAGAACCUCGAGCAACCGAUCCCUGAUUCAGCCAUUAUGUUGGGGAUUAUGAUAGGUGUGUUUGUCACAUUCCCGAUGGUGAUCUUAAUCGUGUUACUGUGGAAGCGUGGCAUCUUCACUAAAUGCAGGAAGAAAGUCAUUGAGACGGACGAAGAAAAAGACAUGUUCUAGUUAUUUAAGAAUAAAUUGUAUUUUAA